CGCCCCCUUCAGCUGCAGAGAGAAGGACGUUCUGGACGUGCAGGAGGAAAAACAAGCAGCCGAGUGCAGUGAAGGGGGUCCAGCUGAUUCCCAGUAUACAGUUUCCUCUACAGCAGGAGAUAAAGAGGGGGAUCAUGUCACCGAGUAAACAGAUUCGAGUGCUGGUCCUUAAUGACAUGGAAAAACUCGACAGGACCCUCUUCCGCCUGGAGCAAGGUUUUGAGCUGCAGUUCAGGCUGGGUCCGACUCUCCAGGGCAAAAAUAUUCAUGUUCACACCAACUACCCGGCCCAGGGCGAGCAGUUCGAUCGGCACCGCUUUCGCACGCUGGACUGGAUCAAUCCCACGGGCAGAGAGGACGAUUCGGACAAGUUCUGCUCCCUCGAGCUGCAGAUCGCCGGCUCCUACCAGUAUUACUUUGGACAAGGAGAUAAAGAUAAGAGUGGGGGAGGGUAUAUAGUGGUGGAUCCGAUGCUGCGAGUAGGAGCUGAUAACCAUGUCCUACCGUUAGACUGCAUCAGCAUCCAGACCUACCUGGCCAAGUGCCUGGGACCUCUGGACGAGUGGCUGGACCGACUCAGAGUGGCCAAAGAGACCGGCUAUAAUAUGAUCCAUUUCACACCGCUGCAGACUUUGGGUGAAUCCCGCUCCUGCUACUCCUUGGCUGACCAGCUGGAGCUCAACCCGGACUUUUCUCCCCCCGGGCAGAACUACACCUGGACGGACGUGGGUAACCUGGUCGAGAAGAUGAAGAAGGAGUGGGACAUGCUGUGUAUUACUGAUGUUGUUUACAACCAUACAGCUGCUAACAGCGUGUGGAUACAGAAGCAUCCAGAGUGCGGCUAUAACUUGCUGAACUCCCCCCACCUACGUCCAGCCUGGGUACUGGACAGGGCACUGUGGCAUGUGACCUGUGACAUUGCAGACGGAAAAUAUGCAGACCGGGGCGUUCCUGCCCUGUUACAAAACGAACAUCACAUGAAUUCCAUCCGAGGAAUCUUCUGGCAGGAUGUGUAUCCCAAGACAAAGCUGUGGGAGUUCUUCCAGGUGAAAGUGGAGCCUCUGGUGGAGAAAUUCAGGACUUUGCUGCAGAAUGGAUCCAAACCCAGCAAGAUUCAGACUGAUGGUAAGAAGCAGCUGAAGAUCAUCCAGGACCCUCAGUACAACCGCUUUGGGUGCACAGUAGACCUGAAUACAGCUCUGGAGAUCUUUGUUUCCAAUGGAAACAGUCCUGGGGCCAUAGAAGACUGCUGUAACUGGUUCAGAAAGAGACUGGAGGAGCUGAACGCAGAACAGUUCAAAGAGGUCAACUAUCAUCAGGAACAGGCCACUAAUUGCUGUAUGGGUACGGUGUCUUAUGAGCGCCUGGCGGAUCACGGCCCCAAGCUCGGCCCAGUCACCAGAAAGCAUCCUCUGGUCACAAGGUAUUUUACUUUCCCAUUCAAAGAGUCACCUCUAGAGCAGGACCUGCUGCUCAUGGACCAGCCGGACAAAGCCUGCCACUUCCUGGCCCACAACGGCUGGGUGAUGGGGGACGAUCCACUGCGCAACUUUGCAGAACCAGGCUCUAACGUGUACAUCAGGAGAGAGCUGAUUUGCUGGGGCGACAGCGUGAAGCUUCGCUAUGGCAAAGGCCCAGAGGACUGCCCGUAUCUGUGGGCACACAUGCAGAAAUACACAGAAAUUACAGCUAAAUACUUUACCGGAGUCCGGCUCGACAACUGCCACUCAACCCCACUGCAUGUGGCUGAGGCCAUGCUGGCUGCGGCCAGGGCGGUCAGGCCCAAUCUGUAUGUGAUAGCUGAGCUGUUUACGGGCAGCGAGCUGAUUGACAAUGUGUUUGUAAACCGGCUGGGAAUUACCAGUCUGAUCAGAGAGGCACUGAGUGCAGGGGACAGUCAUGAAGAAGGCCGGUUGGUGUAUCGGUACGGUGGAGAGCCUGUGGGAGCUUUCCUUCAGCCGAGUCUCCGCCCACUGGUGCCCAGCAUCGCUCACGCCAUGUUCCUGGACAUUACCCAUGACAACGAGUGUCCCAUUCAGAUUCGCUCAGCAUUCGACUCUCUGCCCAGUUCUGCUAUCGUCUCCAUGGCGUGCUGUGCUACAGGCAGCACACGAGGCUACGACGAGUUCGUUCCUCAUCAGAUCUCGGUGGUUACAGAGGAACGCUUCUAUCAGAAGUGGAACCCUCAGGCUAAGCCCUCCCCACCUGGAGAGGUCAGCCUGCAGUCGGGCAUCAUCGCUGGAAAACUGGCUCUGAACCGCCUGCAUCAGGAGCUGGCAGCCAAGGGCUUCAGCCAGGUGUACGUGGAUCAGGUGGAUGAGGACAUCGUAGCAGUGACCCGCCACUGUCCCAGCUCACACCAGUCUGUAGUGGCCGUGUGUCGCACCGCCUUCAAAAACCCCAAACACCACAAGUACUCUGACGAGGUUCCACCCAUGUUCAUCCCGGGUAAGAUAGAGGAGGUGGUGCUGGAGGCUCGCACGGUGGAGAGGCAGGCGGGCUCGUACAUGAAAGAUGAGAAGAGCAUUAAUGGUUUGCCUGGUUUAACAGUGGAGAUUAAAGAGCACAUCCAGUUGAAGGACAGCACAGUGGUGAAGCAGGCUGGGGUGACGUCUCGAGGCCGCAGCGAGUUUGUGCAGGAGAUUGUGUUUGAGCGUCUAACGCCUGGCAGUGUGAUUGCUUUCAGGGUGAGUUUGGACCCUACAGCUCAGGAGCUUGUGGGGAUUCUGAGGACUCAUCUCAUUCAGUUUAACCCUCACUAUGCAGCAGGCAGCAUACCAGAUAAGAACGCCCCAGAAAUACUGAAAACUCCACUGAAAGAAUUGAUGGAGAAGCUGACGCUGGCUGAUAUGAAUGUGCUGAUGUUUCGCUGUGAUGAAGAGGAGAAGGAAGAUGGAGGGGGCUGUUACAGCAUCCCUGGCUGGACCACCCUAAAGUAUGGUGGCCUGCAAGGUCUGUUGUCAGUGAUGGCUGACAUUCGGCCUAAGAAUGACUUGGGCCACCCAUUCUGUGAUAACCUGAGACAGGGUGACUGGAUGAUCGAUUAUGUGAGCAGCCGGCUGGUGUCCCAUGGAGGAACACUCGGAGAGGUUGGUCAGUGGUUCCAGGCCAUGUUUGGCUACCUCAAACACAUCCCUCGCUACCUCAUCCCCUGCUACUUUGAUGCUGUGCUGGUUGGGGCCUACACUACUGCCCUGGAUGCUUCCUUCAAAUUAAUGUCCAGUUUUGUGCAGCAAGGCUCCUCAUUUGUGCGCCAGCUGGCUCUGGGUUCAAUCCAGAUGUGUGGCAUUGGGCGUUUUCCUGCUCUGCCUCCUCUCUCUCCCGCUCUCACCGACGUUCCUUACAGAACCAACAGCAUCACCCAGCAGGAGCAGCAGUUCUGCGUGUCCAUGGCUGCAGGUUUACCUCAUUUCUCUGCUGGAAUCUUCCGCUGUUGGGGCAGAGACACCUUCAUUGCUCUGCGGGGCCUCCUGCUGGUCACCGGCCGUCACCUGGAGGCCAGGAACAUCAUCCUGUCGUUUGCUGGUACUCUAAGACACGGGCUGAUCCCGAACCUGCUGGGUGAGGGUGUUUCUGCCCGGUUUAACUGUCGUGAUGCUGUAUGGUGGUGGCUUCAGUGUAUCCAGGACUACUCCACCAUUGUUCCUAACGGAACCAGCAUCCUGCAGUGUCCCGUCUCCAGGAUGUACCCCACCGACGACUCACAGCCACAAGCUCCAGGAACAGUGGAUCAGCCUCUGUAUGAUGUGAUUCAUGAAGCUCUGCAGCGCCACAUGCAGGGGAUCGAGUUCAGGGAGAGAAAUGCUGGACCUCAGAUUGACCGCAACAUGAGAGAUGAAGGUUUCAACAUUGUGGCCAAGGUGAACCCCGACACUGGCUUUGUUUAUGGAGGAAACCGCUUCAACUGUGGAACCUGGAUGGAUAAAAUGGGUGAAAGUGAAAGAGCGCGCAACAAGGGCAUCCCUGCUACACCCAGGGACGGUUCAGCAGUGGAGAUUGUGGCUCUGUGUAAAUCUGCAGUGCGCUGGCUGGUGGAGCUCCAUAAGCAGGGUCUUUUCCCUUACGACUGUGUAACCAUCAACAAAGACGGUGCAAAACUCACUGUGCCGUACGCAGACUGGAACAGAAACCUACAGAACAACUUUGAGAAAAUGUUCUACGUGUCUCAGGACCCAAAAGACCCCAAUGAGAAACACCCUGAGCUGGUCCACAAAAGGGGAAUUUACAAGGACAGCGUCGGAGCCUCCAGCCCCUGGUGUGAUUAUCAGCUCCGCCCCAACUUCACCAUCGCCAUGGUGGUGGCACCAGAGCUGUUUACAGUUGAGAGGGCCUGGGAGGCUCUGAACAUGGCUGAGAAGCUGCUGGGACCACUGGGAAUGAAGACGUUAGAUCCAGAUGACAUGGUUUACUGUGGCGUUUAUGACAAUUCACUGGACAAUGACAACUACAACCUAGCCAAAGGCUUCAACUACCACCAAGGCCCUGAAUGGCUUUGGCCGGUCGGCUACUUCCUGCGUGCCAAGUUAUACUUCGCCAAGAAACUUGGGAAGGAAACUUACGACAAGACGGUGUAUUUAGUGAAGAAUGUCCUGUCUCGUCAUUAUGUCCAUUUGGAACGGUCCCCCUGGAAGGGUCUGCCAGAACUGACCAAUGAGAACGGCCAGUACUGCUCCUUCAGCUGCGAGACACAGGCCUGGUCUAUUGCUACUGUUCUGGAGGUCCUGUAUGAUCUGUGAGCUUUGAGAAGCUGAGAUCCACCAGACUUGGAGGGCUUCCCCCAAGUUUUCUGCUGGAUGUACCUGUGCUUCUUGAAGGCAAUAGAAACAUAGUAUACACUGAGUUGCCAUUUUAUUAGGUACUACCCACUGUACCUACUUCACCUACCUGUUAGAUUGGAUUUAUUGGGUUCUACCUACUAUGCUCAAUAGCCAUAAGCCCGUAUUUGUGCACAUUUGCAUUUAUAUAUUUACAUUUACUGGAUUUGCCUGACACUUUUAUCUAGAGCAACUUACAAAGGUUAUUCCGGUUACAGAGGUGGUCGAGUGUUUUGUUGGGAGUCUUGCCCAAAGACUCUUAUUGGUAUAUAACAUAGCAUAGUCACCCAGACCAGGAAUUGAACCACAAUCUCCUACCUGCUCACUGGCAGGUGGUGGUGUCAUCCACUGUGCCACACCAACCACACAUUUCUGUCUUUGAUUAGAGAAGGAACACCGCUGACCAUUCUGAGUACCAUACUGGUUAAUAGACCUUUCCACUGGAAGAUAUCAAAGUAUUACCGGUUUUUUAACACACCUGAGCUGGGAUUAGUGUUCCAGCUGCAGGGCACCAGCAUAGUUGUUUCUAAUAAAGUGGCCAGUGUAUUAUAAAGCAUACUGAGAUAGACGGGAUGCAGUAAAACUUCAUGAACAUCCAGUAAACUGAUAAAAUGGCCAUUAAGUGUAGGUAAAAGGGAUAUAUAUAUGGACAAAAGUUAAUUAAUACAAUGUUUUGUCCACAGUUAAGGGCAUUGAAAACUAGUUUAUCUUGCUAUUGUUGCAGUAACUGUUUCUACUGUCUAGAAAAGGCUUUGGAAGGGAAUUUAAAGAUUUGAUCCAGUGACAAGACCGCUGUAGGGGUCAACUGUGUUUAUUAAUCUGCUCCAGCAAGUCUUAUUCUUUUGGCAGUAUGACUAUUAAACUAGCUGUAAGGGCAUUUUUACAUCUGUGCAUUUAUUAGAAGGUUUGUCCACAAUCACUUGCACAUAUAGUGUGCAGUAGGUUUACUAAAUAAACUGGUGACUCAGUGUAGGUUAUAGUAUGUGCACUGUACGGUACAAUAGGUUACAUGAACCUGUGCUCUGCCAGUAUCACUAGAAUGUCUAAUCCUUGGUCUAACCCACUUCACGUAUCCCAGCACUUGGGCACAUUUCACAGCUGCCUUCAAUUCCCAUUUAGUCUUCCUCUAAUCCACAGUUCCCUUUGAGUGACUGAAUUUUAAUGGCUGUAGUCCUGCUGCUGUUUCUGUAACUGUGUGUCUUUGUGUUGUAUUUGUGCGUGUUUACUGUAGAAGGGCUGGUAUGAAAUGUCUCUGUUUUCCCUGUGAAUUCACUUAAUGGAAUUUACACAGCUAUGUGCAAUUAGAAACCACUGGAGACACUGAAAUAAACAGAGAGAUAAACAGAAA